AUGGGAAACGGCCCCCAAAAUCCUAGGCCGGACUCUGGUAGCCCAUACAAGAAGCCAUAUCCGGCCAUCAGACGACCUGGUAGCCGCGAUAUGUUUCGAAGAUCAGCCUUCGACUCUAACACCAAGGGACCUAACGGCCACAGCAUUCCAGACGCUGAUUCUGAGCCUGAGCCCAAUUCACACGACAAGUCGAACUGGAAUCAGUCUCCCACGUAUCAUUCCCUGCGUAUUUCAUGGUCCCCAGACGCUGGCCCGGCACAGUCCAUUCACUGUAAUACGGAAGAGGAUCCCUACCGCAGACUUAUCAAUGACAACACGGAUGAAGAGGCUAACAAGGAGAACGCUCCCGCUGAAACUCCCAUACCACUCGAGGAGGGAGGGAAAGGACGAUUGCGCUGGAGCAACAAACACCGUCGACCACUGGAGGCAUUGAAUCUCUCUGACUUCUACCCUAUCGAUGCAAGUGUCUGUCCAAACUCCUUGGAAACUGGGACUGAAACCAGGAUGGGGACCCGGAUCAGCAAUUUGUGCAUGAAUGGUGAUGAUGGGGAUGUGUUCUUGGGUGGCACUAGGGGGGGAUGUGCAUGCCGGAUAAGCUCAACAGGGGCUUAUUCACCGUUCUAA